AAACAAUAAUUCAAUUGAGAUAUCAUUAACAAUCAACAUGCCUCAGAAAGAGUACUCCCCCCGGGACUACAAACAAGUCCCAACCGAAGACUCUCAAGUCCACCUCUCAUCCAAAGCGAAAAACAACCAGUCUUUCGAUUUCACCUUCGAGCCCAUCCGCAAGAACCUCUUCCGGGUGACCUUCACCUCCCCCGACCAUCCCACCCCGCCCUUUCCCAGCGUGACCAAGCCCCCAACCGACCUCGCCAAUGUCAAACUAGCCGUGAAAGACACCACCCCGACAGUCAAAACCCUCGAAGUCGGCGACAUAACCGCCUCAAUCGACUGGAGCCACGCCCCUGUCCUCACGUUAUCCUGGACCAGCGACGAUGUCAAACCCGGCUCCGGCCAAAAAGCCCUAUACAAAGACCUCCCACUUCGCUCAUAUGUGGCAGAUGGUACUGGCAUCGCGCACUACACCGAACAUGACCGCGAUGCUCUGCACGUGGGGUUAGGUGAAAAACGAGCGCCUAUGGACCUAAGCGGUCGCAACUUCCAGCUCUCCGCGACAGAUUCCUUCGGGUACGACGUGUACAACAGUGAUCCACUGUACAAGCACAUCCCGCUGCUCAUCAAGGCGACUCCCAAUGGCUGCGUGGCGAUCUUCUCAACCACGCAUGGACGCGGCUCUUGGUCCGUAGGUUCUGAGAUUGAUGGUCUCUGGGGCCACUUCAAGGUCUACCGCCAGGACUACGGAGGUCUAGAGCAGUACCUCCUCAUCGGCAAGACACUAAAAGACGUCGUACACUCCUACGCCGAACUAGUCGGCUUCCCCCUCCUCGUACCCCGCUGGGCAUACGGGUACAUCUCCGGCGGCUACAAAUACACGAUGCUCGACGAUCCGCCCGCGCACGAAGCCCUCAUCGAAUUCGCAGAGAAGCUCAAGAAACACGAUAUCCCCUGCUCCGCGCACCAGAUGAGCUCCGGGUACUCGAUUUCUCAAACGGAGCCGAAGGUCCGGAACGUGUUUACGUGGAAUCGGUAUCGGUUCCCGGAUCCUGAGAAGUGGAUUUCCAAGUAUCAUGGGUAUGGGAUUCGGUUGCUUACGAAUAUCAAGCCAUUUCUGUUGCAGUCGCAUCCUGAUUUCAAGCGGCUUAUGGGGGAGGGUUCGUUUUUUAGGGAUGCGGAUACGAAGGAGCCUGGGUUUAUGCGUCUUUGGAGUGCUGGGGGUGCGACUGGGGGGGAUGGGUGCCAUGUGGAUUUUACGUCGGAUUUCGGGUUUAAGUGGUGGUAUCACGGUGUGCAGAGUUUGAAACGCGUGGGCAUCGACGGCAUGUGGAACGAUAACAACGAAUACACCCUUCCAAACGACGACUGGGAACAUGCCCUAGACCACCCGUCCGUUUCCGACGCUGCGCAGAAACAUCCCAAUGCCGUUGGGCUCUGGGGUCGUGCGCUGCAUACGGAAUUUAUGGGUAAGGCGUCGCAUGAUGCGCUGCUGGAUCUGGAACCGAAGUAUCGGCCGUUUGUGCUGACGAGGAGUGCGACGGCUGGUACGAUGCGGUAUGCGGCGAGUACGUGGAGUGGUGAUAAUGUGACCAGUUGGGAGGGGAUGAAGGGGGCGAAUUCGUUGUCGUUGAACGCGGGAAUUUCUUUGCUUCAGUGCGAAGGACAUGACAUCGGUGGCUUCGAAGGCCCUCAACCCUCCCCCGAACUCCUCCUCCGCUGGAUCCAACUAGGAACCCACUCCCCCCGCUUCGCCAUUAACUGCUUCAAAACCUCCCCCACAAACAACCAAGUCGGCGAAGUCAUCGAACCAUGGAUGUACCCCGAAAUCACACCGCACAUCCGCGCAGCCAUAAAACGCCGCUACGAGAUCCUCCCCUACAUCUACUCCCUGGGUUUGGAGAGUCAUACCACUGCGUCCCCGCCGCAGAGGUGGAUUGGUUGGGGAUAUGAGAGUGAUCCGGAGGUUUGGGGGAAGAAGCUCAAGGAUGGUGAGGAGUUUUGGUUGGGGGAUAGUAUUCUUGUUGGGGGUGUUUAUGAGGCUGGGGUUGAUGUUGCGAGGGUUUAUCUCCCUCGGAAGCAGGAGGAUGGGGAGUUUGACUAUGGUUAUGUGAACUUGAACGAGCCGUAUACUUACCUCGCGGCUGGGCAGUGGGUUGAUAUUCCCUCGCACUGGAAGACGAGUAUCCCGCUGCUUGCGCGGAUCGGGGGCGCGAUUCCUGUUGGGAAGGACGUCCAGACUCGCGUUCCUGGUGAUGACACUGAUGCUUCACUGGCCAUCCAAGAAGUCGACGACUACCGGGGUGUGGAAAUCUUCCCGCCUAAGGGAAGCUCGCACGGUCGUGUGUUUGAGAACAGUUGGCUCGAGGAUGAUGGAAUUUCGAAGAAGCCAAGGAUCUCGCGGUUCAAUGUCAAGUAUAGCUCGACUGAGGAGACGGUGGUUUUGGGGUUUGAGCGAGAGGAGUGGGGGUUUGGGCCGGGUUGGAAGGAUUUGGAUGUGAUUUUGCAUCAUGUGGAUGAGAGGAGGGUUGUUUCGGAUGUUGGGGGUGUGGUUGAGUAUAAGGGGAGGGAUGGGAGGGGAAGGGUGGUGUACACUCUUAAGACAUGAGAUUGAAGACAGACGCAACGACAGCGAUGGUGAAGUGACAGUGACAAGACAAGCAAGUGUGAAUAACCCAUAAUUCAUUCAUUGAUAAUACACAUUUUUAGCACCGAACCUUUACAAAAUCUAUACAGUACAGUCCCAUAAAUGCUUUCAUAACGGGGUAACAAAAAUAGAUGAAAAGAGUAAGAAAGAAAUAUCCGCUUACUGGUUGGCGGCAACCUCCGCUGUCCGAAUAUCCUGGUUCUCGGGCUGACGCUGAGGCUGACGCUCAGGCUCAGGCUGAGAUUCCGAUGCCCUCUUGUUCAGACCAAGCUCCUUCGGGUCAACAGGUUCGUAUG